GCCACAUGUUAUCAUUCAAAGUAAUGCUGUAUUAAAGAGAAAAUAAAAUUACACUGGGCAGAUCUGGAUGAAGAAAGGCAGAAGUUAUAGUAUUACCAAAUUUCCAUCGUGAAGGCCAAGUGGAACUACAGUACCUGGUCAGAUGCCAUGGAUGACCCACACAUGCUUAGCUCUCACACAUCUCCUCACUGAAUCUAACCACAGCCCUGCCUUUCUUUACGGCUCAGUGGAAGGACCUGCCAACAGCUUAUUCACUUGUUCCUAUUCAAUUAAGAGUAUCUUCAUAUUCAUCUCUUUUCCAUUCUCUGUUUUGUGUCAGGGAGGAGCUGUGCUGUAAAAAGAAUUUACAGUACUGAGUGUGCAGUCCUUUGCUUGACUACGAUCCCGUGAAAGCAUGGGGAUGGUAGAAAAGGUGUUAUGCAGAAUUUUGCUGUUGCUCCUUUUACUGCAGUGUGGAAUAGGUUGGACGCAAGAAGCAGUAAGUUCUCCAGGUUUUAUAGAAAGUACCUGUUUCUCCAGCAUAUUUUGGAUGAAGCUAGACAAAUCCUUUCUUCAGAAGAAGUUUUUCAACAUAGAAAUAAUUGAUCCAUCUGGUGUCCCAUUCUUGGUGGAUCAGAUGUUGGGAGCUCGUUGUGGCUAUACUCUGUCAAAGGAUGUGUGGGGAAAUCCUAUUUUCCGGGCUUCUUUCCUUGGCUGUCAUGUUAUAAAUGAGAAAGAUGAAAAAUUCUCUCUUACUGUAAACAUCAAAGUAUCAUUAUUUGAAGACCUGAGGGCAGCUACAAUUUACCAACAUCCCAUGCACUGCUCCUAUUUCUCAUGGGCUCCAAGGGAAAUUCUGUGUGAAGAGAAUUACAUGGAGGUGUCAGUGAUGACUGAUAUCCCACGGAUUUCAGAGGCUGAGACAGCAGAAUGGAUGUCAGCGCUACCAGAGGCACAAAAGGUUAUGUAUCAGAUGUGGAAGCUGAUGUUCUAUUCUCCAUCAGGGAUAAGAACAACAGGAGUGAGUGAUGCUGACAAGUUAGGCUACAGCUUCAAUAAUACAUUGGCAAGAGUGUUCCUCCGCUCUCCAUACUCCACAAGUGAAACUGAAAAUACAGUGGUUAAUGGGGUCACUAUGAGCACAAUCACUUCCAGGUCUAGGUACAGACAAAGAUGGCUACUUCUGCUGAUUGACACCACUAUAUCAUGCCCAGUUGAUGGUACCAGCUUCACAGAUGCUUCCAUAAUAUGGACUGUACCAACUAUUAUCCCUAGACUGGUCCUUCAAGAAUCCACUUUCAGAUCCCUUAAUGUAUCAAUGGGAAUUAAUGGGGAAAAAAUAGAGAACCCUGAGAAAUUCAACUACACACUGGAACGUAACAUCACACAUAUUGGAGUUACUAUCCCAAUUGGAGCCCCUAGGGGCAGGCUUCAGAGCACGGUAUCUAAUGAGGUCCAUGGAGUGACCUACAGUAUUGAUCUAUUGAUGGAACAUAGUUGGACAAAUACAGAUUGGCAGCUCACCAAGUACAUUGUGAUUAAACCAAUUACUACACCCUUCCUGCCUCGAAUACCAACAGUAAUCAAUAAUACCGUUCCAGAAACACGAAUAUUUGAUGUACUCUUGGGCGUCUUCCUUCCUGAUGUCAGUCUGGUGACUCUUACAAUAGGAGAUGUGACUUUCUCUCUCAAGGAAGCAGAACAAAAAGGCUACAGGAUCUCUGAUAUUCCCUUCCCCAAUGGAACAAGAGGUUUUGAACUGGAAGUGCCUUUUGACGAUCCCAAUGUCUUAAAAGAAUAUGUGAACAGAAAUGAAACUAGAUAUCACCUCCGAGUAAUCUACACUCUGAUUGUGGGUCCUGAAGAGAAGCUAUAUCGCCAUCCUGCAGACGUUGAAUGUACAAUGGCAGAUAUUCAAUUACCAGAAGGCAUUGGAUACUGUGACAAAAAGAAUAUAUAUUUAGCUGUUACCAUUGCAGGCCUGUUUCAGUACUGGAGCCUUUAUGUUGGUAAUACGCCUUUGAAUCAGAUCACUGCCCGUACAAAUGGGUAUUUUAUCAUGACGAAUGAUACUCAUCUAGUAUUGCAAGUGCCUCUCUUUGCUCCUGGGAUGAUCUAUGAGGAAGUGUCACUUGAGAGAAUCCAAGCUAGAUUUGAUCUAGUCUUGAAGAAAAUGGUCACUCUAGAAACCUUGGAUACCUUUUCCAUGAGGUGUAAUUUUCACUCCUCAGAAUUCAUAGUCUGCUAUCCUAAUGGAACUGUAACCGUACUGGCUCACAUGAAGACAGUUCCAUCCAUUGACAUGGGCAAAACAAGACUGAAGGAUAACAUCUGUAAGCCUCAAGACCAUACAAAGGACCAAGCUUUAUUUCGGUUUCAGGUUUCUACUUGUGGCACUUCCGUAAAGUUUAAUGAUGAACACCUGAUUUAUGAAAAUGAAAUAUCCUUUGAAAAAGAAACUCUUCCAAUACAGAAUCCACCAAUUAUUACAAGAGAUCCAGAAUACAGACUGACUAUCUUGUGCUACUAUCCAAUCAAAGAGAUCUUGAUGCAAAGUGCUAUGUUCUAUGGCUCCUCAUCUAGAACAUUACCUUAUGGUUCUGGCACAAUGAUGUCUUGGACUAAUAAGAAAGACCUUACAAGGACAAGACAAGUUCUGAAUAUCCAGGCAAAUAUGUUCAAAGAUGAAUCAUUCACAGAAGCUUAUAAGUAUCAUUCACUAGUUAUCAAGUAUUCAUGGGAACCUCUAUUUUUUGAAGUAGAAUUAAAAGAUGAAGCUCCUAAUGUUGAACUAUUUUUGGAAAACUGCUGGAUGACGCAAUCUGAAGAAAUCUCUAGCAUUCCUCAGUGGAACUUCAUUGUAGAUGGAUGCGAAAACAAAAGCUAUGGAUCUGUAAUCUUCUCUCCAGUAAUGACAAACGAUCGAAUAAAACAUCCUAAUCACUUCAAAAGAGUGAGGAUACUGAAUCUGACUCUUCCUCUGACAGAGGUAUAUUUACACUGCACAGCAACAAUUGGCACUUGCCUUCAUGUGCCUAGUGGCGGACUUCCCUGUAAAUCAUGUCCUGGAAAAACAUUUGGUCAGCAUUCUGAAAUUUAUGCUAAUCAUCAUGGUUAUGUAGUAGCUGGACCAAUCUCUAUCCUUCAGCCUGAGCAAAUUAAGGAGCUGGACACCAAAAGAAAUAAGGUAGGUUUGGGGGCUGAAAAAGAUUAUAAGAAUUGAUGUGAAUGCUAAAUGGAAUCAAGACUGCUAGAUUAUCAUCAUUGUUGUAAUUAGUACAAUAAUGCGGCAGCAAUUAUAGAUGCAUUUAAGUAUUCUUAAUUCUACACAUGACUGUGGGGCAAUCUUAUUACUAAGGAGAGGCAUACCAUUAAUAAUAAGCCAUGAUUUGGGGGCUGAAUAAAUCAUAUCAGUAGAAAAUUCAAAAUUUGGAGGGAAUCCAAAAUAUGUCAAAAUCCCACCUCAAAAGCUUUCAAGAAACCAUAUUAAGUUCUUUCCCUGUGUCCAAAGAAAUUAAAAUCGAUGCAUUCUGAGUUAGAGCAAUGACAUCCGUUAAAAAACUGAUAUUGUCCGAAACCUCAGGAUCCUUAGCUGGAAGAACCCCCUGAAAUCUAUGGCCAAAGUAAUUUUUAACAUUUUAGCUUCUACAUUUAUCAAGGAAAUAGGUAAAUAAUUAGACCACAAUGUGGAACCCUUACCCUAUUCAGGAAUAAUUGCAAUAUUUGCCCCAUUAAAACUAGACUAAAUUAAAAUAAAACCAAAAGGCAGGAAUUUAUUUGAAACAGUUUUACUAUAUAAUUCUAGUAAAACAAGAGAUAAAAAACCAGUGUACUUUUUACACCAGUCCACUAAAAAAUUAUCAGGCCAGGUAUCAUCCUUGCUUCUAUAGAUUUAAUGGUUGUGCCAAUUUCAUCAAGCAACAAAAGUGAUAUAAAAUUAGUAACUUUUACCCAAUGCUUGUGUAUUUAAAUGCUUAUCAAAUAAAGCACUUAACUUCUGAAGAGGAUGGCCUAAAAGUAUAACACUGUUGGUAUACUUUGGGGUAUCAGAGAAUGAGGUAUCAGGGAGUAAUCUAGUCAAAGCUAUUCGUACUGCAAAUGACUUGGCAUUCUGUACAACUCUUACUUCAUGUGGCAGAGGUAGCACCCUCUUUAUAUCCCCAGAUCACUUUUGCAACUUUGUUGUACUACUCAGCCACUGUCCCUACAGCUACCUCAGGAGCUUCCCACAGGAAAAUGGAGGGUGGGGGCAGAGGAUAUCUUGCUUAGAGCUUACUUUAAAAUGAAUGCCAGCCCUGGCAAAGUUUUUAAGCCCGUAGCUUAUAAGCAGCAUUUGAAGGCCAGCACUUCUGUUAA